CACGUGGAAGUUGGCGUGGCGCUCUUCUUCUUCUUCUUCACUUCAUUCCAUUUUGUACAGAGAGAAACUGAGAAAUGCUUGAGGCUAUGAAGCUCGGUGAACAGUGAUUUCGCCAUUCACGGAUAGUUGAAGCUCUAAGGAAUAAUAUUUUUCAGGAAAUUUGAUUCGGAGACGGAGAUCUUUGGAAUUUAGAGUCAGAGGUUCUGAUUCUUCAUCACCACUGUCAAUGUUACUCGGGGUAAACCUGUUCUGAAGUGCUCUAAGACGCAAAAGAUAAACAUUGUAGUAGUAGCUCACUAAAUCUGCCUUUCUCCUACUUGGAAAGGUCUUACAAAUUUCAAUCCAGAAACACUUACUGAAGAGAGGGAGGAUUUGAGCUCACUAUUUUCUUAAACUUCUUCUCUUCAGCCUCUGUACAAAACACAAUUAGUUCCUCUGCCAUGUUAUGGAAUCUCCACAGGAAGCUAGGCUGGCCUUCAAAAUAUCAGUAUAAUAGUGUGAUUCAUCUAUCAAGAAAUCUCCGACAUACCCUUGAAUUGUAUUUGAAACAAUCCAGGUCGGUACUGGACUAUGGGAAAUGAAGUAGAGGGAAAGUCUGCUAAAUUUGAGAAAACUUCUCCGCCUGCAACCCCGGAUCAGACUACUCCUACUAAUCAGGCCAAUAUUCACGUAUACCCUGAUUGGACUGCUAUGCAGGCAUAUUAUGGUCCAAGAGUUGCUCUCCCCCAAUACUACAACGCAGCUGUAGCUUCUGGCCAUGCUCCUCAUCCCUAUCUAUGGGGUCCACCACAGCCUAUAAUGCCCCCUUUUGGGACACCUUAUGCGGCACUCUACCCACAUGGCAAUGUCUAUCCACAUCCUGGAGUCCCUCUUGGAGCACAUGGUCAAGGGGUUCCAUCAUUGCCUGCUCAGGCUGUUACUCCUAUAAGUGUGGAAAUGCCUACAAAAUCAUCUGGAAAUUCAGAGAAAGAGUUGGAGAAAAAGAUGAAAGGUUUUGAUUCACUUUCCAUGUCAAUAGGCAAUGGUAAUGUCGAGAGUAGGGCUGAACAGAUGCUGUCACAAAGCACGGAGACAGAAGGUUCAAGUGAUGGCAGUGAUGGGAAUACUUCUGGGGCAAAUCAAAUCAGUAGAAAAAGAAAUCGUGAGGAGACACCAACUACAGGAGAUGAGAAAACUGAGAAGCAGAUCAACUCAGUUUCUGAUAAGACAAUGGGUGCAUCUUUCUCUGCUGCUGGCGUAUCAGCAAAGUUAGUCGGACCUAUAGUUUCCCCUGGUAUGACCACGGCAUUUGAUCUCAGAAACCCUAGUAACUUGAGCCCCAACCAAACUUGUACGGUCUUGCCUUCGGACUCCUGGGUGCCGAAUGAUCGGGAACUGAAGCGUGAAAGAAGGAAACAGUCUAACCGAGAAUCUGCUAGGAGGUCAAGGUUGAGGAAGCAGGCUGAGGCUGAAGAUCUUGCACGCCAAGUUGAAUCGUUGACUUCUGAGAACUUAGCACUUAAAGUAGAAUUAAAUCGAGUAACAGAAAACUCGGAGAAGCUGAGGCUUGAGAACACUAAACUAGUGGGUAAGCUGGAAGAAGCAAAACUUGGGCGUACCGAAGAGAUUGUAAUGAACAAGGUCGACAAGAGGACUCAACCUAUAAGUACAGAAAAUUUCCUGUCCAGAGUUAAUAACUCUGGUUCCAUUGAUAGAACUGCAGAGGAAGACAACGGCACGUAUGAGAAAAACUCAAACCCAGGUACCAAGCUACAUCAACUCCUGGAUGCAAAUCCGAGGGCUGAUGCUGUCGUUGCGGGAUGAUCAAGGGACUAGUUUUUGGGCGGUCUCUUUAAUUAUGUAGUUUUGGCAUAUUUGAAGCCCAAAAUUACUGUUAACAAUAAGCAGGAGGAGAAUGAAACGGCUCAACAGAAAAACUGAUUUCUCUAAUUUUUACUUGAGAGUUAGGUGUCAUGCAAGAACUGAUGCUUUUCUAAUUAUUAGAGUUUUAGAGUGCUGAGAUGAGAUGGCCUCUGAAAGGUAGGUAGUUGUAUAUUGAAGAGGAUCUUUAACUUGAUAAAGAUUUAGGGUAGAGUAGGUAAGAAACUGUUUGGAUGUGUCUUGUUGUGGUGUAAUUUUAUUUUAUUUUAGUGGUGAUAUAAUGUGAGAGGCUGAACUGAAGGCCAUGCCAUCACCAUGCAAUGGGUAUUUUGCAAACUCUAUUGUUUUCUCUCAUUUGAUGUUUGAUGACAAAUGUGGAGGCUUUCUUUGAAAAAGUAAUAGUAUGAUACAUUUUGCAAAUUAAAUUCUAAUACUUCGAACAAACAAAGAAAUGUAAUGAAGAUUAUUUUAUUUCCAUUA